ACUGCGCCAUGUUAUCGAGCUUAAACCAUUCAAUUCGUCGUCGCUUCUUGGCCGGGAGAAGAUCAACCACAGGGUGUGCGAACACCAUCGCCUCCUAAUUUAAAACCUCGAUCUUUUAUAGUCGCCAUCUUAAAAUCCGUACAGUCCCCUCAGCCGGCGAAGCUGCUGGUUGAAACGGGGCUUUUUAUUUCGUUUUCCAUUGGUGUGAAGGCCGAAGCGGCUGCCAUGGAUUUUUAAGGCGUAAUGCGGCUCCUCUAAUGCAACGGCAAUGCAUAGUGCAACACAAAACCGACUGCGAAAUUCCAUUUUCGCCACUGCUAAGCAGCUGGGCUCCAAUACCGUCCGCGGUAUCCCUGCGAGCCAACCGGUGCCGCUGCUCCUGGACCGGCGGAAGCUAACGCUAGCUAGCUAGUCGCCUCAAGCUAACGAGUUCGAUUUUUAUUUUUUGAACCGAGAGAAUUCACCGAUUUAUCUGAACGUCGUCAACGCUAUUGAUCAGAAGAAGAAAUAACAACAACAACAACAACAAAAAUGAAGCCUCAAGACAUCGUCGCCGGGAAGGCCAGCAGCCUGUGGAUCUUCGGGUACGGGUCUCUGGUGUGGAAGCCGGACUUCGCGUACAGGAGGAGCCAGGUCGGUUACAUUCAAGGCUACAAGAGACGUUUCUGGCACGGAGACAACUUCCACCGGGGGAACGACGAGUUGCCCGGAAGAGUGGUGACGCUGAUCGAAGAUGAUGACGCGAGCACUUGGGGCGUGGCGUUCGAGGUGACGGGCGCCGAAGUCGAGGAGUCCCUGAAGUACCUCACCGUGCGCGAGACGGUCCGCGGCGGCUACGUCACCAAGACGGUGGAGUUCUUCCCCGAGGGGGAGAAGCAGCCUUCGGUUCAGGCGCUGGUGUACAUCGCCACCCAAGAGAACGCCCUCUACCUGGGGCCGGCCAGCCCAGAGGUGAUCGGCGUCCAGAUCGCCGUGUGCCGAGGGAAGACGGGCCACAACCUGGAGUAUCUGCUCCGGCUGGCCGAGUUCAUGAGGAGCAGCUGCCCGCACGUGGAAGACCAUCACCUGUUCUCCAUCGAGGCCGCGGCGCUGAACGUGGUGUCCUAUCUGUUAGCGGCCUAGUAGCUCGUAAUCCUUUUCGUCGCACUAGUUUAUAUAGUGGACGUUACACACCACACACACACACACACACACUGAGGCUUUUCACAUGUCAUGCCACUCCACCUAUGUUUAAUGUUGUGAAAUCUAGCUUUACACUACCAUCCACUGUAUUUGAAUCCAUCGAAUGCUACUGAAGUGUCAAUAAAAGGGAAUCGUGAUAUUAAGUUUUUAUUUUUAUUUUACCCGUCUGAUGCUUGACCUUGUGUUCACACUGUAAAGUCACUCCUGCCUGGUGCAUGUUUGUACAUCAGUUACAACAUGUAUGAGGACUAGGUUUUUAUAAACUCCACUUGCACAUUUUAAUUUUUUUUAUGGAGCUAAAAUACCGUCCAUUCCAUACAGACUAAUUAUGGUAGUUGUACCUGUUUGCAAUUCACCAAAAGACCACUCGGUUUUAAAAUGUCACUGGUGGCAACUUUUAAAUCCAGUUGUAAAUGCCAAUAAAAAAAAAAGUUAAAAGAG